UACUGACUCCCCGUGGUGGCUGUUUCCUGUGUCUUCCUGUAGGAGAAACAGCGACCUUCCCUCGGAGUGCCUGGACGGGAGUGACUCGAUGCCCCUGGCGCAGGCUGUCUGUGGGCAUGAAGUGGCUAGGGGACUCCAAGAACAUGGUGGUGAAUGGCCGGAGAAAUGGAGGCAAGUGGUCUAACGACCAGCAGCAGCACCCGUCCAAACUACAGCAUUCGGGGAAGGACGCGCUGAAGACGGGCCGGAAUGCAGUGGAGCGGAGGUCAAGCAGAUGCCACGGGAGUUCCGGGUUUGAAGGACAGAGUCGCUAUGUGCCGUCUUCAGGAAUGUCUGCCAAGGAGCUUUGUGAAAACGAUGACCUGGCAACCAGUUUGGUUCUCGAUCCCUAUUUAGGUUUUCAAACACACAAAAUGAACACUAGCGCCUUUCCCUCGAGGAGCUCAAGACAUUUCUCCAGACCCGACAGCUGUCCCCACAACAACCCCGUGAGGUUCCGGCCCAUCAAAGGGCGUCAGGAAGAGCUGAAGGAAGUGAUUGAACGAUUCAAGAGGGACGAGCACCUGGAGAAGGCCUUCAAGUGCCUGACGUCGGGCGAGUGGGCGCGGCACUACUUCCUGAACAAGAACAAGACACAGGAGAGGCUAUUCAGAGAGCACGUAAGUGGGGUAUUCAUUUACUUGCGGAUGUUCGCGGCCGACAGUGGGUUUGAGAUACUGCCUUGUAACAGAUACUCGUCAGAACAGAAUGGAGCCAGGAUAGUCGCAACAAAAGAGUGGAAACGAAAUGACAAAAUAGAAUUACUGGUGGGUUGUAUUGCCGAACUUUCAGAAAUUGAGGAGAACAUGCUGCUAAGACAUGGCGAGAACGACUUCAGUGUCAUGUACUCCACCCGGAAAAACUGUGCCCAGCUUUGGCUCGGCCCCGCUGCCUUCAUCAACCAUGAUUGCAGACCUAACUGUAAGUUUGUGUCCACCGGGCGAGACACGGCGUGUGUGAAGGCUCUGAGAGACAUUGAACCCGGCGAGGAAAUUUCUUGUUACUAUGGAGAUGGGUUUUUUGGCGAGAACAAUGAGUUCUGCGAGUGCUACACUUGUGAAAGGCGUGGAACUGGUGCUUUCAAAUCCAGAGUGGGACUGCCGGCGCCUGCUCCUGUGAUCAAUAGCAAGUAUGGACUCAGAGAAACAGACAAACGCUUAAAUCGGCUGAAGAAAUUAGGGGACAGCAGCAAACACUCAGACAGCCAGUCUGUCAGCUCCAACACUGAUGCAGACACCACUCAGGAAAAAAACAGCGCAACUUCUCACCGGAAAUCUUCAGUUGGUGUAAAGAAGAGCAAGAGCAGGCCGCUCCCCCGGCAGCCAGUAGCGCGGCUGCCAGCUCCCUCCGACUCUACCUCAUCCCGACUCGCUCAUGUGAACCACUCCAGGGUACCAAAGAGACUGAAACCACCGGCCAAGCCUUUCCUCUCCAAGGUCAAGUUACGGAACCACUGCAGGCGGCUGGAGCAGAAGGCCGCGUCCAGAAAACUUGAAGUGGGCAGCCUAGUACUGAAGGAGCCGAAAGUCGUGCUGUACAAGAGCCUGCCCCUGAAGAAGGGCCAGGAGCCUGAAGGCCUGGCGCAGGCUGGUGCGCCUGGGGGGUGCUUGACUCGACAUGCGGCCAGAGAGCACAGACAGAACUCGGGGAGGGGUGCCCCAGCGCGGGGCGAGGGCUCCCCCUGCUCCCAUCCCCCCCGGCGCUCGGCGCGCACAAGGACCAGCCUGAAGGAGGCCUUGGACGCCCAGCUGGACCCCAGCGCAGAGGACAGCCACAUAGAGGGCCUGACAGAGCUGUGCGCACACGAGGCCCUCCCACCAGCUCCCCGGCUGCUGCAGGAGGACCCAGCGCCCGAGGCCACACAGCUGGGGGACUCAAGGGCCCCCAAGAGUGAUGGCAGCACUGCCAAAAAGAAGUGGCGGCCAGGAAAGAUGGGAAAGGCCUUCAGCAGACCUGAGGAGUCCACGCCGGGGCUCAGUGCCCCCGGAAAAGAGGGUGCAGGGCCGGCCAUGGCAGGCGCCCACUGUGACCUGGGCGAGCACAGUGGCACGGGGGCCAUGCCAGCGGGCUAUGCUGCCCGCACCCCAUCUCCCGUGGGCUGUUCGGUGGUCACAUCAGACAGUUUCAAAGCAAAAGAUGGCUUCCGGACUGCCAAGAGCAAGAAGCAGCGGCGCAUCACGCGCUACGACGCCCAGCUCAUCCUGGAAAACAGCUCAGGCAUCCCCAAGCUGACCCUGCGCCGGCGGCGCGACAGCAGCAGCCGGGCCACCGAGCCGGAGGAGGACGGGGUCAAUGCCUCGAAGCUCAGCAUCAAGCUGAGCAAGGACCACGAGGGCGACAACAACCUCUAUGUCGCCAAGCUGAACAACGGGUUCAACUCAGGGUCGGGCGGCGGCUCCACAAAACUCAAGAUCCAGCUGAAGCGGGACGAGGAGGGCCGGGCCGAGGCGGCCGGGGGCGGCCUGUGCUGCGGCGAGGCCCUCUCGCUGCUGGAGUCGCGCAUGGAGGUGGGCGAGUAUGGCCAGUACGAGGAGGAGAGCUCCGGCUCAGAGUCCUCCUCGGAGGGCAGUGGGGACGAGGACGAGGACGACGAGGAGGACGACUUCGACGACGACUUCAUCCCCCUGCCCCCCGCCAAGCGCCUGAGGCUGAUCGUCGGCAAGGACUCCAUCGACAUCGACAUCUCGUCCCGGCGCCGCGAGGACCAGUCCCUGCGGCUCAACGCCUGAGCCGGCCCUGCGCCGCCUUGGAAAGGAGCCCACACGGGCAAAUGGAAAACAAACUGGUCACUCCUUCCCUCACUCCUUGGCGCAGCCCUUCUCUGGUCGCCCUGGGGCGGCCGGGCCGUGUUUCCAUCGCAGUUCUU